UUCAGGCUUACCCUGCGUUCGAAUUUGGAUACACUAUCUCACCACAAAUUGGACUUGAGAGCGUCUUUAGAGAGGAAUACAAGAGACAGAGCUGUUGCUGCCCUGGAGAAGGCGGCAUCUGAGAUACGCGCUGCCGCAAACAAAGCACUAUAUGCUGCUAUCGCAAAAGUGAAGAAGAUGGAUUUGGAAAGCUCCGAGACUAUAACCAGAUUCGUUAAUCUCAUCACGGAACUUUCGACGAAUGUGGCUAUGGCACAUGAUAUCCGCAGCUCGUUGAUAGAGCUAAAAGAUUUAACAAUGGCUGUAGGAAUGCACAGCAAACUGAAAAGACUUCUUAAUGAUGCCGCGAAAUUAAGGAUGGCGAUCAAACAAGUUCCACCCUUGCAGAUAACACAGAUAAAACUGUCUGAUCGACUUACCGAGAUCAUCCAAGAUCUUAAGGAAAUUGAUCUCGUCGUGCUGGGUGAGUUAAAACUAUCUCCGCGAUCACUGUGA